AUGAUGUCCUACACCCCCCUCCCAGAGCCUUCUCCGCACAUGCUCCGUAUGCAAUUCAGCCCACAGCGGAAACGUCCUACACACAGCCGCACCGAAUCAGAAAUCAUCCCGCGACCCCUCAGUAUCAUGUCAAUGUCGCCCAGCAAACGAUCCUCUGUCUACGUUUCCGAAGCCUCUACACUCCUCUCACAUCGCAACUCUGUUGUUUCUCCCGUAGGAAAAUCACCCUACGAUUCAUUCUUCUCGCCUACCAGCGACCCCGCGAUACUCCUCUCGCCCGAGCCCGCUGAGUUUGUCGACCACUACACCAUCCUUGAAUUAGGCCCGGAGGCCACAGUCGACGAGAUCAAAGCUUCUUUCCGUCGUUUACGCGUAGCAUACUUCCAGAGCGAUGCAACAAAGUACCGCGCAUUAACGACUGCACUGGAGCUGCUGGCGGACGAGGAGGCACGAGCAGAGUACGACGAGAUAUACCGUGCGCGGGCAGGAGGUGCACCGACACCUAUAACACCGUACUCGAGUCUACCAGCUGGUCUUGAAUCACCGAAACACGGGAGGAAAGACAGUGGGCACAGCGCUGGAAGCUUGCAGGAGGAUGUGGACAUGAUGCGUGUUCCGGAGAUUCCGGAAGAGGACGAGGAAGAACAGAUUCACGAAGAACCCCAAGAUUUACGAACUGAUGACCCCAACUGGGCACUCAAGCGUCACCACCGCGUGUUCGCCAACUACGAGCCUUUCUACGGCACCGAACCCUACGAUUCCUUUGUACCUGUUUUGAUGGCCUACGAGACUUACUCCAGGCACCCGCGACUGCGAUGUAGACGACCAAGUUACAUCGGUGACGGACUAGCGCGGAAUGCUAUGCCAUGUUGA